CCCUAGGCCCCCGCGGUCAGGACGCAGCCGGCGGGGGAAGGAGGCCCUGGUGGUCCAGCUCCGCCGCGGGGCCGUUCGCAGCCGCAGGAUGGAGGGCGCCGGGGCCCGCUGCGCCUGUGGAGGAGGCCGUGAUCCUGAGGUUGUCUGCGAAAAACACUUGUUUAAAGGCAGACUGCCAGAGCCCCUCUUUCAGCUGGCGUGCAGUCACAACCACUGUGCUUUCCCUGUGAGUCGCAAUGAGUUGUGCGUCUGGAACACAGCCACUGCUCAGCCAUUAUAUUUGUCAGGCCAUCAUGACUCAAUUUCUGCAUUGUCAUUUGGAAAUAAAAUCAAUCCGCUUCUUGUCUGCUCUGCCUCUCAUGAACGUGUGAUAGUGUGGAAUCUUGAUGAAUGUACACAGAAAGUGCAAGAAGGGUUUACACCUCGAGGAAUUGUUAUAGGAACUCUUUUGGGAAUGGUGCUUCAUAUAAGAUUUAGUCCAGAUGAUCAACAAGUGGCAGUAUGCGCUGGAAAUCAGAUCUACAUGUUAAGUGCAAAGAAUGAAGUUAUACUAGCUGAAUUGGAUGGACACCUGGCUCCAGUGACUGCUGCUGAGUUUUGCACAUGGGAGAAAAGUAUGCUCAUAUCAGUGUCAGAAGACAGAACCUUUAAGGUGUGGGACUAUUCUACCAGCCAGUUAAUAUAUCAGUCAGGAAUAAUAGCAGCAUUUCCUUUGCUAAGUCUGCUAAUUGAUGAAGAAAGCAAACAGAUUAUCACUGGAUGUGCUGAGGGACAGCUUUGGAUCUUCAGUUUAAUCAGUGAUCAUAAUUACCGUUGUGUAGCACAUAUCAACUUAAAGAAAGAGCAAGAGAAAUUCUGUAAUAAAGUGUGGAAAUCUGGCAAAGAAAUAGGUGAAGGGCAAAGUAAUUCCAAGCUUUGCAAAACAGACAGCACAAAACCAGAAGGAUCAGUGGAAACAUCAUUGCCUAUCCUCUUAAUUGAGCAUUGUGACUAUUUUGUAUGUUUCCAUAAUGAAGAAAACAUGUAAGUCCUUUAA